AUGGAGGCUUCUCCUCUCUCCAUCAACGCCGCCCUCGAUGAGUGGGUCAACGAGGGGAAUCCUCUGGGGCGCAGUGAGAUCUAUUCAGCCCUGCUUGGUCUUCGGAGACGGCGCCACUUUGGGAAGGCCUUGCAGGUAACUGUUCCUCUGUGUUAACACCGUGAACCUAGUUCAUUCCAAAAGACCUUGCAUUGCUUGGUCUUGCUCUUAGUUUGCUAUCUUCUGCUCUGAAAUUGGUGAAAUUGGUGCAUUGCAAAAGGCAUGUAACCUGGGUUUUAUCUGACGCUUAAUUUCUCUACUUGGUGACCCAUUUCCAUCGCCAAGAUUAGCCAUUUAGACCCAGGCUUGUUUUGUUCUUAAUAUUAUAUCACCCAACUUUCAUUUGCUUCGGAUUUCUCCAUGAAAUGUCAGCAAUGCUCACCAUCUAUGUGGUAGAUUUUUCCUUUGAGAUUUAUCACUGUAGAUUUAUGAUUGGGGACGCUUUUUGGUUCUCAUUUGUCUAUAAUUUUUUCCUUGGUAAACGUAGCUAUUUCUAAAUUCCUUAAUUUUUAUUAUAAUACAAGUUGUGCUGAAUUAAAGUCGAAAAUAAUUAACUUAUAGCUGUGAGAAAUAGAAAUAUUCUAAAUUAUGUGGUGAUAAUCUUGGGGAAAGCAUUCUAAUUUGUGUAGAGUUUGCCCCAAGUAAAACAUGCGUCUUUCUAAAUUAUUUAAUGUUUAUUGUUAUGCCACUUCUUGAGUUGAAUUUAAAACGGGAAUAACCAAUUUUUAUAAUGGGUUAUACGUAUUGUGAAUCUUGGGAAAAAAAUUCUCAUUAGCAUUGAAUCCCCAAAUUCUCUAAUGUUUAUUUUACCGCAACUUGGGUUGAAUUAGAAAGUGAAAAUAAUUAAUUUUUCCCUGUGUAAUAUAUAUAUAUCUUGAAUGUGAUGAGAAUCUUGGACAAAAAUAUUUCAUUUUGUUAAAAAUGUCAUGACUUUGAUCAUGCUUGGAUAUUGCCUAUUUAUUACAUGAUCCCAUGGAUGCAUCUCAUCUGCGUCGUCUGGGUCUCUCAAUAGUUGUUAUCAACUCUUACAUCAAUCUCUACUUCAUCCCCCCUUGAUUUCCUCUGAUGUUUCUAUUUCUGUGCCCCCUCUUCCUCCCCAGCUCUUCGAAUGGUUAGACACCAAGAAGCGCCUCAGCUUUGUGGAGAGGGACUACGCCUCCCGCCUGGAUCUGGUCGCCAAGGUGCAUGGCCUGUACAGGGCCGAGAAAUUCCUCGACAAGAUCCCUCAAUCUUGCAGAGGCGAGUUGGUCUACAGGACCCUCUUGGCCAACUGUGUGGCGGCAGGCCGGGCCGACAAGGCGGAGGAAGUCUUCAACAAAAUGAGGGACCUUGGCUUCCCGGUCACUGCCUUUGCCUGCAACCAGCUGCUGGUCCUCUACAAGCGGCUUGACAGAAAGAAGAUCGCCGACGUGCUGCUGAUGAUGGAGAAGGAAUCGGUGAAACCGACUCUCUUCACUUACAGGGUUCUGAUCGACGCCAAGGGCCGUGCCCGCGACAUUGCUGGCAUGGAGAAGGUGGUGGAGAGCAUGAAGAAGGAGGGCCUCGAGCCCGACUCAACCGUGCGGGCGGUAAUCGCCCGCCACUACAUCUCCUCUGGGCUCACCGAGGAGGCGACAGAUGUUCUCAAGGAGAUGGAAGGUGGUGGCAGUGGUGGUGACGGUGAGGACCGGGGAGCCUGCAAGUCCCUCCUUUUGCUUUAUGCGGCACUUGGGAAGGAGACCGAUGUGGAGAGGAUAUGGAAGCUCUGCGAGGCUGCCCCCCGCAUGGACGAGUGCCUCGCGGCCAUUGAAGCAUGGGGCAAGAUCGGUCGUGUGGAGGCGGCAGAGGCUGUCUUCGAGAAGAUGCACAAGCAAUUCAAGAAGCUCUCGCCGAGGUACUACAAUUCACUGCUCAAGGUCUACGGCGACCACCAGCUGCUGGGCAAGGGGAAGGAGCUGGUGAAGAGAAUGGCCGAUGGUGGCUGCCCGAUCGGGCCGCCGACGUGGGACGCCCUGGUGGGGAUGUAUGUGCAGGUGGGGGAGGUGGAGAAGGCCGAUGGCCUGUUGCAGAAGGCCGCUGCCGGGCAGGGAAAGGCACGGCUUUUGCACAGCUCCUAUAUGGCGGUGAUGGAGAAGUAUGCCGAGAGAGGGGAGGUGCACAACACGGAGAAGAUCUUCCACCGGCUGAGGCAGAGUGGGUAUGCCGGCAGGAUGAGGCAUUUCCAGGUGCUGCUGCAGGCAUACGUGAACGCCAAGGCCCCGGCUUACGGCUUCAGGGAGAGGAUGAAGGCUGAUAAUGUCUUCCCCAACAAGUCCAUGGCGGCGCAGCUGGCUGCCGCCGAUGCCUUCAAGAAGACUCAAAUAUCGGACCUGCUCGAUUGA